AGGCGAGGAGAAGAAGAGCGGACGGAGGAGCUGCGCGCCGAGACCGAGAAGCUGUUGCUGGAGGCCCGCAGCGCCGAGGAGGAGCGGAAGAAGGCCCUCGCCGAGAAGGUGAAGAGUGAGAAGGAGGAAAGCUUCAAGUGGGCGGAGCAGGAGCGGGAGCGGAGGGCGAAGGAGGCCGAGGAGGCGAAGCGGCAGGUGGAGGAGGAGCUGCAGGCCCGACUGAAGGAGCGCGAGGAGGAGGAGCGCCGGCGGGCCGAGUUUGUCAAGCAGAGCCGCGAGGCGUCAAGGGCGCGCAGGGAGGAAGCGAUGAGGAAUUUGAUGGAAGAGCGUCGACGGGCGGCGGCUGAGUUGUGGGAAUAG